AUGUUGCCAGGACACACGAAGCCAGGGCGAAAGCAGAUCGUAGAAUACGUUGAUGAAUGGAGAGCUGGAGGAGCGGUCGCUGUCUCCAAAAGAGAGGGGUGUUUCAACGACACACCCAUCUUUGGAGCCUGCACUCUCAAUCAGGAGCUAUUUGCCAGGGAGCGUGGUGUGAUUAGCGCGCGAGGAGAUCUACUCUGUUUCCGGAAUGCUGUGAUUUUAGUUUUAGCAUUUGCGACACGCAGUCUAGAUAUGAGUGGAAAGACUCGGCACACCACUACAUGGGAGAGGUGCGACUGGGAACCCUAA